AUGCGCGAUCGCCGCGUCGACAUUCGCGCAGAGCGUUGCUCCUUCCGUGAUCUCAUCUCUGCGGCGCAACGGGGUACAGUGAGCGUCGGCGCGUUCUCAUGUUUCGGGGGUCCACUGUGCUAUGAUUGGUACGGUACGACGGGGACUUUCAUCGGCCUGGUACCAUUUCGCCGGGCGAACGGUACCCGCCGCCGUGAAAGUACCGCUGCGCGCCACUCGCCGCCGCCGCGUCUUCCGAGCCGAAUCGCGAGGGCAUCGUCCGCCGUCGGCCGUCCGUUUAUCAACGCGAUCAAAUCAUAUUCGAUACACGUUCUCGAUCCGUCUCGAGCGUUUGAAAUUCCGAUACGCGAAAGGCCCAUGAACUUUCGAUGUUUUGAACUAGAAAAGUGCCGGAGUACGUUUUCCACGCCGUUCAUAUCGGUUCGU